AUGCCCUCUGCUCCUGCCGCUCCGAUCCAUGCAUCCGCCGAUGGGCUUCAGGUAGCCGUCCGAUCAACGUGGCGCGUGGCGCACGGCGAUUGGUCGUCCGUGUCCCACGUAUCAGAAGCACAGAGCGAGGACCUUAAAAUCGCGGAACCAUGCGACGGGGAGUUGAAUGGAGAGGAAGGCGGAGGGGGUGGCGGAAUCUGCGGAACAGUGGAGUUGGAGCGGGAGGAAGGCUCUUCCCCAUCCUUCCUCUCUCCCCCCUUCUCCCCCGCCUCCCUCCUCACCACACUCCUACUCCUUCCGCCAGUGCUCUUCUCCGCCCGCUCCGUCCGCCUGCACUCCCUCCACCUCGUCACCUCGGCGCGCUUUGCUGAGCUGUACGCAGCUCAUGCCACGUGGCAGGGCGGCACGGGGCAGGGGGAGGGCGCACCCGGGGGAGAAGAUUUGGGGGAGUAUGUGUGCACUGUCAAGGGGGAACCCGCGGGGGCGAUGGGAGGGGGAGCGGGAGGAGGCGGAGGAGGGGGAGGGGGAGGGGGAGGGGGAGGGGGCACGGGGACGGGUGGGGAAAUGAGAGGAGCAGGGGGAGGAGAAGGCAACAACGGUCCUCCUCUCCACUCCCUCCUCUUGCAGAUCGAACCUCCCCCAGAAGCAGACGACUGCUCCCACAGCGACUGUGGCUCCGAAGCAGAAGCAGCUUCAACAUCAGGCUCGGCAACAGGCUCGGCAACAGCAGCGGCAGGGGCAUGCCUCUCCGACGCAUGGCUCUGCUCGCUCUCUCUCAAGCUCCUAGGUCUCAGGGGAGGGUCUACAGUCUCUAUCCACUCCCUCCGCCUCUCACUCUCCCCUGGCCCCUUCCUUCCCUCCUCUCUGCCUCACUCCGCCCCUUCCGCUGCCGCCGCUUCUGCUGCUUCAUCUGCUUCUGUUUCAGCUGCGGCUGCAGCUGCUGGUGCUGAUGCUGCUGCUGCUGCUGCUGCUGCUGCUGCAGAAGAGACAACAGCAGCAGUAGCUGCUGCGCCGAACCUCCUGCCGAGCCUGUCUCCGAACCUGUUGUCAAUGCUGCCUCAAGAGGUGCUGGCUAAGCUGCCUCCGAACUUGCCUGCUGCUUUGGCAGGUGGCAUGGGUGGCAUUGUUGGUGGUAACAUGGGUGGUAACCCGAGUGGUAACAUGUCAGCAACAAUGCUCCCGCUCCUCCUCGCGUCCCUUGCAGCUCCCUCCAAAACCCUCCGCCCUCCCCCUUCCUCUGCUCCCUCCCUUCCCUCCUUCCCUCCCAGCAUCACCUCUCACACUCCCCUCGCUCCUCUCUCUGCUCCUCCUCCUAACCCGCCUCCCUCCCAAGACCUCCUCACUCACUCGCCUCUCCUCCUUUCUCUCGUGCAUCGAGUGGAGCGAUUGGAGAGGGUGUGUGCCAGGCUGGAGGCGCAGGUGACAGGUGGCAUGUCGCGAUUGGCCACACGGCUGGAUAAGGGGAUGGAAGAGACGCGGAAGGAGGGGGAGGAAGGCACAGGGAGGGAUGUAACGACCGAAGUGGUGACUGAUGCUGGUGGUGGCAGUGGUGGCAGUGGUGGUGGUGAUGAUGGUGGUGGUGGUGGUGGUGGUGGUGGUGGUGGUGGUGGUGGUGGUGGUGGUGGUGGUGGUGGUGGUGGUGGUGGUGGUGGUGGUGGUGGUGGUGGUGGUGGUGGUGGUGGUGGUGGUGGUGGUGGUGGUGGUGGUGGUGGUGGUGGUGGUGGUGGUGGUGGUGGUGGUGGUGGUGGUGGUGGUGGUGGUGGUGGUGGUGGUGGUGGUGGUGGUGGUGGUGAUGGUGGUGGUGGUGGUGGCAGUGGUGGCAGUGGUGGUGGUGGUGGUGGUGGUGAUGGUGGUGGUGAUGGUGGUGGUGGUGAUGGUGGUGGUGGUGAUGGUGGUGGUGGUGAUGGUGGUGGUGACGAGGGUUCUGCUGCUGCUGAGACAGCAGCUGCAGAGGCAGUUAAGGCAAUGGAAGCAGCAGCAGCUACUGCUGUUGCAAAAUCAGAAAGGCAUGUAGCAAAUGCGGAGGAAGCAGCAGCAGCAGCAGCAGAUGCCAAGGUAGUAAAAAAGCAAGGGGUGGAUGACUUCCUAAAAGAGAUACUUAGCCGAAUGGAGCGGCGGCAGCAAGCAGAAUCUCUUAAAGAACCAGGGGCUGCUGUGGUGCAAGGGGGGGAUGCUACCUUGAUGGAAAUUACGGGGAAACGUGGAGUGGGGUGGGAUGAGAGCAGCAGUGGGAGGGAGAAGGGGAGAAGUGCUACGGGGGAAAGUGGGAAUGAGAAGGAGGAUGGGGGGUUUGGAGGGGAAGAGGGGAAAAAGGCUUUUGGGGUCCCUCUAAGGAAUGGUGAGGCUGAGGACGAGGGCAAGGAGGAGGCUGAGCAAGUGGAGGAGGAAGACGGGGAAGCGGUGUCUGUGGUUCCUCUUAGGAAUGGUGAGGCUGAGGAGGGGGGGAGGGAGGCUGAGCAAGUGGAGGAGGAGAGGGAUGCGUUGGGAGCGGAGGAGGGGGGUGAGAAGAGCAGAGUGGAGCAUUGUGGGGAUGUGCAAGGCUCAUCCGAAGCAGAGAUGAGACCAGAAGGGAAGGCUGUGGAGGAAGCAGGUGGUGAGAUGGGGGGAGGUGGUGGGAUGGGGGAAGGUGGUGAGAUGGAGGGGGAUGGUGAGAUGGGGGGAGGUGGUGAGAUGGGGGGAGGUGGUGAGAUGGGGGGAGGUGGUGAGAUGGGGGGAGGUGGUGAGAUGGGGGGAGAAGUAAGGGUGGGGGAAGGUCACUCGAGCAAGUUGCACUGUAUUCUGGAAAAGCAGAUAGAGAGUGGUGGGGGGUUGGCGGAGAGUGGUGGAGAGGUUUUAUGGAAAGGAGGGGAGCCCGCAGAAAGACUAGCAGCAGAAAUGGGAUAG